CGCGCUCAGACAGAUAGUCAGAUUUCAAUUAAAUAUUAAGGCUUUCCUUUCUUUGUUAUGAACAAUUAGUUUAUAUAAAAUGAAAAUAUAUUAUUAUAUUUUAUUAUUAUCAAUCAGUUUAUCAGUUAUAGUUGCUGCACCUACAACAAAUUCAUUUCAUCAUCAUCAUCAUCAUUUAAAUAAUAGCAAUAGUAAAUCAACUUCAACGGAGAAUAUACCUAAAAUUGUUAAACGUAUAACAAAUACGACAUCAAAAUCUCAAGCUUUGAAUAGAUCAACAUCUUCUAUAAACCUAUCAACAGGUAAAGCUGGUUUAGACAGAAUUUCACCUGGGUUAGAUGUUAUUAGAUAUGAAAUUAUUAAUCUAAUCAAUGAUUUGAAUCAUUUCGAACCUAUUCAAGAUGACGUUAUAGCUUGGACGAUAUUAAAUCAUCUAAACAAACUAACGAUCGCAAAUGAAAAUUUAUUAGAAACUCUAAUCGUAAACAAUAAGUUAGUUAAAAAGCUUGGCUGGAAUAUUGAAACUUUCAAAACUCUUAAAAAUUUGGAUUUCACCUGGAAAAAUUUUUUUCAAAGUUUGACAACAAUUUUACCAAACCAUAUAGAACAUUUAGAAUUAAUUGAAUUCAGGUCAAUGAAUAUUUUAGAUAAGGCUUUGAGAACUUUCUAUUAAUUGUAUUUUUAUAAAAUUUCCUCUUUGAUAUGAACCAUCUACAACGACAAACUAAAGAUUUAACAAAACUUUUAAAAUUAAAGGAUAAACAAUUACUAUCAAAUAGUAAAUUUAUUGAUAACUUAAGCCAUGACGAUAUUGCUUUACUAUAUAAGCAAUUGAUGCUAUCAAAUGAUAGUUCUAGGAAGAUACUUGACAAGUCAACUGAUAGAACAAUUAAUAAUAAAUUAAUUAAAAUAAGAUCAUUAUUAGUUGAUCAAUUAUCUAAAGAAUCUUCUAAGUCACAAUUAUUAGAUACAAAUUUAGCAUCAAAAUUAAGAAAUAUUUGGUUAAAGAAGAAAUCAUCUACUAUUAAUUAUAAUAAUAAUUUAAAUAAUACAUUAAAUAAUUAUAAUAUUUUAAAUGAAAUCAAUGAUUUGAAACGACAGUCAAACAACAUUCAAUUAAGUCAUAAUCAGAGGUCUAUUCUUUUAAAUCGUUUUCAGGAAGCUAUUGUUGCUUCUAAAUCUGAUAAUAAAGUUAUCGCACCAAAUUUACAGGUUGCAACAAGAGACGAAUGGGAAACUCUCAUAUCUUCAGCUGCUAACGAUUUGGAUUUAACUCACCUAAGCAAAUCAAUUGAAUUACUUGAUCAAUCUAAUGCACUUAAUAUUGAUCUUUUCAAUAAUAUUUUAUCAAUCUUAGCAAAAAAAGGUCAGAUCAGUUCAAUUAAUCAUAUUUUUCGUAGUUUUGGUCACUUAAUUACACCGAAUAAUGAAACGUACGCUACAUUUGUUGAUGCUCAUACUUUUAAUCAAGAUUUGACUAACGCUUGGAAUUUAUUAUCUUCUUUUGAAAAUCGUGGUAUUAUUUUGCCACAAGCUACAUAUACUAAUUUAAUCAGAUCCCAUUUAUCAUCAAAUCAACCAAGUUAUUUAAAACAAAGAGGUUGGAAUUUAUUCGUACAUUCUAGAUUGAUGGCACAUCCUAUACCAUCAAUCUCUCUAUAUUCUACCAUGAUUUCUUCAUGUGCACAAACAAAUCAACCUGAGAUUGAAAGAGCUCUUGAUCUUUACAAUGAAUUGAAAAAUUAUGGUUUAUUCAUUGAUCAGAAUAUUUAUGCUUCACUUAUACAUACACUCGCGAAGGCUCAUAAAAAGGGUACUUCUUCUGAAAUUGAUAGACUCUUCAUUGAAAUGUUGGAUUCAGGUUUGAAACCUACAAGAAACAUUUUUAGUGCAUUGAUGGAGUUGUCAAAACGAACUGGUGAUGUUAAGAGAGCUAGGCAUGUUUUAGCCAACUGGAUCUCUAGUGAUCAAUCAAUUAGUGAUCAAGAUUUAUCGAGAUUCUUCUAUGCUUACUCAUCCACGCAACCCAUAAAAUACCUUAAUAGGUAUUCCUACAAUCAUGAAACUAACAACACAAGUCUUAAUGCAACAGAUCUAUCAAAUGUUAAUGAUGAUGCAUCUCAACAGUUCACCCCAGAGUCAUUACCAAAAACAUCAUCUGAAAUUAUUUCUGAAUCUGACAUGAUUUUUAAUCGCAUUCUACACGAUAAAGAUAUUGAUCUUUUCAUUCUAGGUUCAGAUAUUUCAAAUUCUACAACUGAAUCAACAAGUGAUCAAUUCGAUAAACCAUUCAAGGACGUGACAAUUACUAAUCGCUUAUUAAAUGCUUUCAUAAGUAUACGUAUCAAUCACUCUAACACUCCUGAUCAGAUUAUCAAAUUUACUUGUAAGUUAUUUGAUAGUCUAAAUUUAUCAAAGAACGGUUACACUAUAGCAAUGUUAAUGGAGCAUAUUUAUUUAAAUCACAAUACUUUAUCUCAUUUGGCUGAAGCUUUAUUUCAAGAGUAUAAUCAAUUUCUUGACAAAUCUACCAAAGAUAUUGAACAAGAUAGUACUUUAAAGUUGCAAUCCGAUUAUCCUUUAGAAAGCAUUUUAUCUAAUAAACGCAAACUGGAAGUUGACGCAGGCAUCGAUGAAACGGUCAUAUCUAAAAUUUGGACAACUUACAUUAACAUUUUGGCGUUAUCUGGUAGACUGUCAAAAGCCGUCAAAGUUCUAUCUGAUUUCGUCAAGUUAUUCCCUCCAUCUUCUUUGGUAAAGAAUUUUGCAUUGCAAUCACAAUUAAAAUCACAACCGACAUCAAUCAAAAUAUCAAAGGAAAUUAAACCAGAUCUUCAACCACAUUUGAGUUUUCAUAAAUUAAGGGUUCUACAUGAUAGAUUGGUAAAUUUAGUCAAAAUAGAUCAAGAAGCUGGCAAUACAACCAAACUUAACAAUUAUAAUUCAGCUAAGCAAGCUCUAGGUUUUUUAACUUGGUCAAUAAAAGCUUAUGAAGGAGCAUAUAGAUAUCACAAUAGAAACGCACUGAACACAAUGGACAACAUGGGUGAAGUUGAACAAAUUCGCAUUGUAAAUUGAAAUUAAUUCUGCAUUAUCAUUUGAAAGUGGCUAAUACAUCUGUACAUCAUGUAAACAAUAUGGAUUUAGGACCAAAA